AUGUCCGCUCCAUCGGACGCCCCUAUUUCGACGGACAGCUCAACAAUUCUCUCGGAAACGCCAGAUCAGAAGCCGACUGAGUCCUCCGAAAAGACGCACCAAGAUCUGACUUCUUCAGACCCCCAGACCAAUGGCAAGGACAACGAGCUCAAUCUCCCACUAUCGGCUGCAGACGGUCUCAUCCAGAAGCCCUUCGCUAGACCUCUCGAGACCGCUAAGUCCCCUCCACCCGCGGAACUCACAGCCGACCAACAAGCAAAAUACAAGACGGUCCUCGAUGCCGUCUCCGAGUGGACCGCCGUGCCAACAACGUCCGCAAAGAACUCUCCCACAGAACCCAUCACCGACAAUGAGCGCAUGUUCUUGACCCGCGAGUGUUUGCUGCGGUACUUGCGAGCGACCAAGUGGAACGCACCGGAAGCGGUGGCCCGACUCCAGCGAACCCUAACAUGGCGGCGGGAAUACGGGGUGGAAAUGCUGACCCCGGAACAUAUUUCCAUUGAGAAUGAGACAGGGAAGCAGGUUAUCCUUGGGUACGAUAUCCAUGGGCGACCCUGUCUCUACCUCCUGCCCUCGAACCAGAACACAGAAAAGAGUGAUCGCCAGAUCCAGCAUCUGGUCUUUAUGCUGGAACGGGUGGUCGACCUGAUGGGCCCGGACCAGGAAACUCUGGCAUUGAUUGUCAAUUACAACGAUACUAAGUCGGGCCAAAACGCCAGUGUCGGACAGGCCAAGCAAACCCUGAACUUUUUGCAGAACCAUUAUCCGGAGAGACUGGGUCGAGCUCUGGUGAUUAAUAUGCCCUUCAUGAUUAUGGGAUUCUUCAAGCUGAUCACGCCAUUCAUCGACCCUCAAACCCGGCUCAAGUUGAAGUUCAACGAAGAUCUCUGUCAGCACGUUCCCCCCGGACAGCUGAUGAAGGCCAUGGGUGGUGAUGUCGAGUUCCGAUACGACCAUGCAACCUACUGGCCCACCCUGAUCCAACUGACCGAGCAGAGAAGAGUCGCCUAUAAGGAGCGGUGGGUCCAGGGCGGAAAGCGCAUCGGAGAAUUUGAGAACUAUCUGAAGACCGGGGCCAGUCCAAGUCUGGCGCAGAGCCAAGAAAAUAAUUGA